UCGUCGCAUAGGAACCGGAAGAGUGGCCCAAAUACAACACUCAUCCAACUCGACGUUCGCGGUGCUACUGCAGAAGCCCCCACUUCAGUUAGUCAAUUGCACUCGGGUGCUCCGGAGAGCAGUUCCGCCACCCGCAAAUGGCGGCGUCGGAGUUGGUUCGUGACUUCAAGAAUCAUAAAAUCGUUCCGGAUGUGAUUCCGGUACCGCCGGAGUCGCUGCUGCAGGUGACCUACCCCGGUGAGCAGAAGGUGAACCUGGGCAACAUUCUGAUGCCCAAGCAGGUCAAGGACUGCCCGGUGGUGCAGUGGCCGGUCGAGCCGAAGACAUUCUACACGCUGUGCAUGACGGACCCGGAUGCCCCGAGUAGGACCACGCCGAAGUUCCGCGAGUGGCACCACUGGCUGGUGGUCAAUAUUCCCGGGACGGAUAUCGAGCGCGGCGAUGUGCUGUCCGAGUAUAUUGGGGCGGCACCACCGAAGAAGACCGGCCUGCAUCGGUACGUGUUCCUGGUGUAUCAGCAGAACGGACGGUUGAGCUGUGGCGAGACGAGGCUGUCCAAUCGAAGCUCCCAAGGACGCGGCAAAUUUUCGAUCCAGAAGUUUUCCGAAAAGUAUCAACUUGGGAUCCCGGUGGCGGGAAACUUUUUCCAAGCGCAGUUCGACGAUUACGUGCCGAAGUUGUAUCGACAGUUGGGCCAGUUCCAGAAUGCUUUCUAGUGGUGCAGCAGCGUAAAUCAGUGUUCUAGUACCUAUCGACAUAGCCAAAUCUUGAUGAACGUUGCGUGACAAGGUACGCGCGCCCUUCCAGCGUAGCGUAUGUAGCAUAUAUCAGCUGCGCCGUGCAUGUAGUGUCAAUUGUUGUUACGAGUUAUGUUUGGAAAGAGUAUAGUUUGGCGUUCAAAUAAAAUUGAUGUUCGUAUCGAGGUGCCUGGUGGUAUGCAAAUUUUAUUGAAC